AUGCAGCUUCUCAACUUGCUCGUUUUGGCCCUGGCAUCGUCGGUCUCUGCCACUGAUGAUGCUCAAGACGCGGCCGUCAAUACUGGCGUUUUCGUCUACGAGCACAUCCAAUUCCGCGGCAUCGAGUACCAAAUCCCUGCUUUGGGACGCUGCGUGCCACUUCCACCAAACCUUGCAACCACAAAGCGGCCACGAGGCAUCUUCCAUCCGAUUCAGAACGUCGAGCAAAGCAGCGUUGCUGACGACUAUAUGCAUAGCAACUCCAUCUGCAUGAUCCCAGCACUCAUUACUGGCCUGCGACAGUCCGUUCCCAAUCUCCACGAUCUCAGACUUGGUGAUCGAGUGGCAGCCAUGCGCUGCCUUACCAUUCCCAACACCGAUUUGUAG